AGCACGCUUUGCCUUCCUCAGCCCUCCAUUCAAGAAUGAAAAAUCAAGAAAAAGACAUAUCUUUUUGAAUAAUAUUUUCAAAGAAAACUUUCAUUUCUGGUGAAUGCAAUCUGAGUACAAAAUAAAAAAAUCAUACUAAAUCCGGCGUUGAGCUUGGGAGGCCUUCUAAAAUACACAGGAAAUGCUUAGCAGGGUGUCCAGGCAUUGGUUCUCCACUGCUUCAUCUCAUCCAUGGCUCUUCGUGGGCUUAGGCAACCCCGGCGAGAAAUACCAAGGAACAAGACAUAAUGUAGGGUUCGAGAUGAUCGAUGCGUGUGCAAAAUCACUAGGGAUUUCAGUGGACACUGUUCACUGCAAAGCUCUCUUUGGACAAGGUUACGUCGGCGAUAUUCCAAUUUUCCUUGCAAAGCCGCAGACAUACAUGAAUUUGAGCGGUGAAUCUACUGGACCACUUGCAGCAUACUAUAAGAUGCCACUCAAUCGUGUUGUGGUGUUUUUUGAUGAUAUGAACUUACCUUGUGGGGUACUUCGUCUACAGCACAAAGGGGGGCAUGAAGGUCAUAAUGGGAUGAAGAGUGUAAUCUAUCAUUUUCGAGGCAAUAGGGAAUUUGCUCGACUAAGAAUUGGGAUUGGAAAGCCUCCAGGUCAAAUGGAUCCCAAAGCCUUCUUGCUUCAAAAGUUCAAUGUAGGGGCCCGUGAACGAGAACCGUCUACAAAAUGGUGGCCAGCAAGCCAAAAUAAUCAGGCUCUUCGAAGAAAGUUGUUUACUGAGUUUAGCAUGAUAGAUUCUGCUUUACAAGAAGGGAGUGAAGCACUGAAACUCCUUAUAUCCAAAGGUUUGACGGAGAGUGCUAGAUGCUUUAACAGGGAACAAAAGUAUAAGCAUUUAAGAUUACAGACAUUACAAGUGUGAGCAUCAAAUUUCCAAUAACCAUAAUUCUCUCUAAGUUGGUCAUUGGUUUUGCCAAGGAGAGACUAAACAAGAAUGUCCCAUAUGAUGAAGAAACUUCACUCUUAAAGGCAGAUGUCCUGAUGUUCUAUCAGAGGUUUAAUCUAGCGAUAUAAAAAAAAAGGUCAAUUAUUAGGCAAUGAAAGAUCCCAAAAUUGGCAGAGAAGUCUUAGGAAACACCAUACAAUCCAUUAUACAGUUCUGGGGAAAGUUCUAUCAAUUUCCAUGCUAAUUUCUGUUAGUGCAUCAGUCCGAGAGCAGUCGAACACAAGCAAACAUUUCCUAUUGCUGACAUAAAUUAGCCCCUAAUUGAAGAAUGAAGUUUGUUUUAUUGACCAUGUAAUAACUUAUCUUUGGCUAUUACAUUAUUACUUCUAAACAUGGAUAAGAUGUUAUCUUAGCCUACAGUUGCUAUCCUUUUUCUUUAAAUAAAAAUUCUUUGUUUAUUAGGGAGA